GAUUUCUCUUCCAAAUCCAAAACAAACUGAAAAGAAAACUUCCAUCAACUUCCAUUAACACUAAAAAGUGUACUGCAGUGCAAAGACAACAUACAGUUGGUGUUUAUAUCAUCAGGGUCGAGAUUUAAUUGUGCUGCUCGUUUGUUAAACAAACAGCCUGUUCUACUUCCACCGUUAGGGUGAUAUUUUAAACUCCCUUGUUCUACCUUUAAGCCUCCCGGACGGGAUUCAAUUAAUAGGAAUGACCAAAUGACCAGCAAACCGCAUUAUCAGCAAACACAAUCAGUUGUUAUUAUUCGAUUACCGUGCGACCAGCGUUCCAUUAGCGUUCCAAUCGGAGCACAUGCCAGCGGAAAGUGCACUUUUCACGUGCAAACCAAUGCACGAACCAGAAAUGGUCGGCAAAGAAGUGCAGUGUAAGCAGUAGUAAAUCCAAUGCUUUUUUUUUGCUGUCCUUUUCAACUCCAUUUAGUUAAGCUUGGCGUAAAGUACAUCGGGUGAAUUUAAGCUCCAUAUUAACCUUUUGAAAAGUACUCGCGUCCGCGAGGAUUACGGUUUCGAUAAGCCGGAGUGGAGCAGAAUUUCUCGGUAGAACACUAUUGGAAGUAAAUCCGGCAGAGCGUCGCUCCAUGCGGUCCUAGUAGCCAUCACCGUCGUAUCCUAGCGACAUCCUGGAGUGAGACAACAAGCACAGUUCAAACACAUAUUCAAGCCCCCCGCCCGUACACCGGUAAACGCUUUCUCUGUGUGCGUGAGUGUCUGUUUGAAGGGUUUACUAAGCAGCUGCGGAAAGUUCCCAUCCGUCAUUAUCAAUAUUGCAUAGGCCCGUGCUUUGCAUGUAUACUUCCUGCCACGGGGUAGGCCUGUCCCACACGCAUACACACAACUACGUGCACACAUACGUCCCAAAUCCACACAAAGGACCACAGCAUAAUCAGGGGGCAAUUCAUUACGAGCCUCGCCAGCCGCAUCAGUCGCCGUCCAGUGCUGGUCGUUGUAAGAUGGCCGCAAAAGGAAAUUCCGCCGACCGGAACGCACCCGAGCUGAACCGUGUGUUGAGUUUUUAUCGCAAUUCCACUAUCCUGCUGACGGGCGGGACAGGGUUUCUCGGCAAGGUGCUGCUCGAGAAGAUACUGCGCUGCCUCGGUGUGCGGAAAGUGUUUCUAGCGGUGCGGAUUAAGGAUGGUCGCAAGCCGGCCGAACGAUUGCAGGAACUGCUCAAGGAUGCGCUGUUCGAUAGGCUGCGGCAGGACGCCACCGUCGAGCAGCUGCUCGAACGUGUCGAACCGGUCGAAAUUUCGCUCGAAGCGGGUGACGGGCUCGGACUAGGAAUGGAUGAAACGACCGAAACCCGCCUACUCCAACAAACGGACGUCAUCUUCAAUGUGCUAGCGUCGGUGAAGUUUAACGAAAGCAUUAAGAAUGCCGUCGACACGAAUGUCGGCGGUACGCGUCGAGUGUUGCAGCUGGCGCGACGCAUGCAACGGCUAAAAGCGGUCGUGCACGUGUCCACCCUGUACUCGAACUGCGACCGGACACACAUCCGCGAGCGUGUGUACGAUGAUACGCUGCUACGACCGGAAGCUGUACUAAAUCUGUCGAAGCUGCUGUCAGCCGACGAGAUGGACGGGUUGCAACACUGUCUGCUCGGCUCGCUGCCCAACACGUACACGUACAGCAAAAAGUGUGCCGAGUCGCUAAUUCAGCAGCACUUUUCGGACUUGCCAGUUGGCAUUUUUCGGCCUCCAAUAGUCCUCUCAACGUACCGCGAACCGAUCGCGGGCUGGACGGACAAUCUGAACGGCCCGGCCGGACUGUGCCUGUGGACGGUGAAGGGUUACGUGCGCGUCAUCCACGGCAAUGGGCGCAAAAAGGCAAAUCUCGUCCCGGUGGACUACUGCGUGAAUGCGCUGCUGGUGGCGGGCUUUGAUGUGGCCGACCGAUCGAUGGCGCGGGACCCAGCGCAGGAUAGUCGGUCGGGCUGGGAAACGGUGCAACCGGUGCCGGUGUACAACUAUCUGUACGACCGGCCCAACCUUACGUGGGGCCGGUACAUGGGCACGGUUUCGAUGGGAUUUGACGGCUGGAUCAAGCGACUCUGCUGGCCUCAUUCGUACACAAUCGUCCCGAACAGGGCCCUGUUCCGGGUGCUUUCCCUCUGCUGCCAUACCGUACCGGCCUGGCUGCUGGAUUUUGUCCGUCAGCUGCGCGGUAAACGGCCCCUCUACCGGCGAAUGGCAGCCAAGACGAACCGAUUCCUCGAAACGAUGGCCUACUUCGGGCUGCGGGAGUGGCAAAUAGCGAACGAAAACGUGGUCCGCUUGCGGACGCUGCUGACGCCCACCGAAGCGUCCCUGCUCGAGUUCGAUCUGUCCACCGUCGACUGGGACGAGUACUUCCAGGCCUACAUACCCGGCAUACGGCGCUACUACUUGGGCGAGCUGCCGGCUGCCCGGGACCGCAUCAACCCGGCCCAACCGCUGGCCUGGAAUCGGAGGAUACAGUUUCUGUGCCGACUGCUGCACCGGCUGAUGUGGGUUUUGAUCUGCUUAAAGUUGGGCCACCGGCUGUACGUGCGGCGCAAUUUAUUUUCGAUUUUGAUCGCAUAACGACGCAACCAGUCAGGCCGGGAGGACACACGUGACCUCGGGACGUCGUGUGGACGAAGAUGAUGCUGUACGGUGUCGAGAGAGUACAUACAUGUACAAGCUGUGGACAGAAAUUGUUCAUCGAGUGAAAAGAUACGGACGGUUGCUAGAAAUAAAAAAAGAAUGAAUAGAUGGAGAAAAUGGUGCAGAAAAUUGUUUUUGUUUCC